CAAGGCCUCCGCCGCCACCUCCCGCCGUUGCCAGGCAACCCGGCGCGGCCGGAAGGGCGGGGCGGCACUUCCGGCGCGGCCCGUGCGCGCCUUCCCCUCCCGCCCGCCACCGCCAAGAUGGCGGCGCCCGUGUCGCUGCAGGUGGAGUUCGGAGGUGGCGCAGAAUUCUUGUUCGAUGGUGUCAAAAAGCAUCAGGUGACUUUGCCCUGUCAGCCGGAGCCUUGGGAUAUCAGAAACCUGCUAAAGUGGAUCAAACAGAAUCUAUUGAAAGAACGACCAGAAUUAUUUAUGCAAGGGGAGUCUGUGAGGCCAGGAAUUUUGGUGCUCAUCAACGACGCAGACUGGGAACUAAUGGGUGAGCUGGAUUAUAAACUCCAGGACCAGGAUAAUGUGCUUUUCAUCUCAACGUUACACGGCGGGUGAACUCCUGGAAAAACAAGAGGAUGUAAAUCCAAACCCCUGCACAAAAAACUCAGACAAAAACCUAAACCCACCCAAACCUCUCCUGAACUGCCUGUGCCUGAUCUCUGCAUCUUCCCACUGCGUUCACUUGUUACUAGCCAUCCAAAUAAAGCCCUGCCAGCACACGGCCUGCUGUCCACCACAAAAGCAUCCUUCUUUUGGCCCUCAUUUCACCUCUCCUGCCUGCGCUUCGAGGUACCCUAAUGAACAGAGAGCACCUGCAGCAUGUGGAGCUUUGUUUUUCCGUGACGGGAGGAACAGGGCGGCUGAACCUCGAGGAAGAUGGUGUGUCUUUGUAGGGAGUAAGGUGCUCUGGGGGAACUGGGGCAAGGCUGGGGUUCCCAAGGCUGGGAUUCUUUUAACACAGUUCUUGGUGUUGGUACAGUCUCUGCACCAGCCACAGGAAUGAUCAGGGAAGGGUGAGACAUGAAGUGCAAGGAAACAAAAGGCGGCUUUACUAGUUUUUCUCUGAGGUGGCAGACAUUACAGCUUCAGAGCCCUCUGUAGCAGUUUUCCAUUUGCCAUUGUAUUUAUUUAUGGGAAAUAGGAGAGAAAUAGGCUUUUUUGGUUUUGUUUUUCUGAUGCCUUAUGCCUCUUUCAUACCUCAGCUGAGGCAGCGUGAAGGACUAGCCCACGAACCAUCUCAAUUUAUAACCAUUUAGUUCAAGGGGAAACAAAGCCGUGCCCAGCCUGAGACAGCACAGAGUGAUAAGGGCAGCAAAUUAUCUUUCUGUCACCGUGACGGACAGAAUUGAUCAGCCUGCGUUGCGUUCUGUGCAGGUGGGGAGCUGCGUUGCUGCAGCCUGGCCAGGGAAGGGCUGGGGCAGGAGAUGCGCGGUUAAGCAGAGAGCAGGGAGAAAGAGUCAGUGGCUUUUAACUUUUCCAUCAGUGGAGGGGGAGGCUUCUUAUUGCGCACCCUGAGGAAGUCCUGUGAGCGCAGCGGAAGUGGGUGUGCGCGUCUCUGCUAGGGCAUGGGCGCUAUUCGCUUUCCAGAAGUUUCCUCGGACAGAUGGACCGGCCUGCCUGGCAGCCGGGAGGUGACAGAGCAGAGGGAAGGGGUCAGAGAGGACAGCGUUGGUGCCAACAGGUCUGAAACUCCACAAGCUUCUAGGAGCAUCCGACCAGGAUUGUCUGUCCUGUGCUCCCCCCACCUUGCUCACCUGCGUUUCGGCACGGCUCCGGCGGCACGUGGUGGUCCCAGCGGCAGCACCGCAGCCCGAGCAGCGGCUCUCCCGGGGCAGAGGGCUUGCUGGCGCCAUAAAUUCUGUUGGUGCGUCUCGGAGCCGAUCUGCUCUCGCAUUCUCGCCCUGUCCGCAGCCUGCGGGAGCUGCCGAGGAGGAGCUGGGGAGCGGUGAGCUGUGCACCAGCCCCUGCUCGGGCGGCCUGGCCUGACACCCCCAGAGCUCCGUCCAAGGAGCCUUUCCCGUCCUGCGCCUGGCAGAGGAGUUACUCUGUCUGAUGCGGACAGAGUGCCAACGAGUAAUUCCCCUGUCUGACUUCUCCGGUGACUCCUCUCUCACGUUUACCCCACCACAACCUGCGUAACUAAAAGCGCCCACAGACUACAAUGCCGCUGCAUCAGAGGAACCCUGACUUCCGAGCACGCUGCUGGUAACGAACCGAUAUUCAGCCUUUUCCAAAUCCAGCUGCUGCGACUCGAGUCCAGCUUGUGCCGUUUGUAAAUGACACGGAUGGGCCAACAGCUCUUCUCUGUCUGGAGUUCACGGCCAUAAGUUUUGCUGGGCUGGGGGAGCGGGGGGGGGAUUCCAGGUGAUGAUAGGAGCUGGCUAAAAAACAACAAACCUGCGUGGUAUGCAGCUUGGAAUGGACUUAAACCCAAGUGGGAAAAGGCAGGUUCAUCUUCAUCGCUGCUGCCUGCCCGGCCUCUGCUGCAUUUUUGCCUUAGGCUGGGCUUGUCUGUUCUUAUCCCCCCCAGCUGUUUGCUCACGGUAGGAUGAGUUCCUUCCCUGGGAGGUGUUACUCCCCUCGCUAGCCCAGGUAGACCCAGAUGACUCCGCUCCUGCUGUAGUAAAAGCUGCCAAUCAUUGCUAAAAAAAUCUAGAAAUGGGAAGAUGAGGGAAGCCAGGGGAGGGGAUAAGAGGGGUUCAGCAAAAUCCUGUAACAACAACAAAACCAACACCAACAACAAAAAGUUUCUGAAAUAAAAGCCUUUUAAAACA